UUGAAUAUUAAAUGCUCACUCGAAUACUCUAGAAACAUUUGUCUCUCCAGAUACUCAGCUUCGGACCUCACGAGCACGUGCUCUCGGUUCAGAAACGGCAUGUCAAAAUGUUCGUACUACAGAGAGGCCUCCUCACGGCUUCAGCUGGACUAAGAACACCAAGCGCCGGCUAGGAACAUGAUCUACUAAAAGACACCAUGCUUGAUAUUGUGUCACGGGCGCGUCGGCGCAAUUUGGUUGGAAACACAAAAGCGCCACGCGAAUCCUGCGCUUUGGAAUGUGUGCUCGUGUGGUUUGGAUUGUCGCCAAAUUCCAUCGAGGGAAAAAAACAUCAAGAAUGGCUUCUUUUCCUUUACUUCCACGGAACUCACUGAUCUGGGUUUGCUUUGUAGAGUUUCUAAAAGUCCACCAACACCGCGCGACACGAUGUUAUGGCGAAUUCGCCCGUUACUGUACACCACACCCUCAAGCAGGAUCCGUCGCGACCUGCUAGUCUAAAUGGCUUGUCGUUGAGCCUCGCUCUAGCAUUGACAGACGAAGCUUUGGGUACUACGCCAUUGAGCCAUCAGCAAACCGCCGCAUCAUUGCUGAAAGCAGAUAUUUCCUACGUUGCCGCUGCCAUCCCGCGCAUCCUUUCCGCUCUCGUGGUCUCAAUUGUCAACCGUAGACGAAAAACGAGCUGGGCUGAGCUACGUGAGACGAUAUUGUAUUUUCUCUUAUCGCUCCUCCAGCUACAGUUUCUCUUUUCGGUCUGUCUACUUUGGCCGGUAGUGCCAGGUCUCGUUCUUUUGCCCUGGUUGAGUUUGCUAGCCGCCUCGAUUUGGAUUCUCCUUCGCGCUGCGAAUAAUCGACCAUCGUCUUUUAAAUAUGCUGCAGACCAACCCGAAGACGAUGUGCCGGGCGAUGAGGACUGCCACUUGGACUGGUUCGUUGUAGGUGGCUUAAUGGAUAAUGAACGUAUGCGCCGGGAGCUCCCAUCAAGACUUGCGAAAAUCUUCGGUCACGAUAUGCACGUUUUCCUCCCCCGUAGGCUCGGCUUCAUUUUCGAUACGGUCCUCACACUUAUUCAACGAAACGUCUACGUUCCCACUGAAAUAUCAGUGGCUUUAUAUCAAUCUGUACGGACGAGCCUUUUGAAGCCAGAAACAAGUGGCGUGCGCAUCCUCGCGCAUCACACAGGUGCUCUCGACGUUUCGUGGUUACUUGCCCGUCUCUGCUCCGACUUCCCUUCCGGAACACAAUUAAGCAAGCUUCAAGUGUUUACGUUUGGUGCAGCGUCAAUUGAGAUGACUUUACCGCUUGGCCGCUCCCACCAGCAAAGCGAAGAAAACCCUGGCCCAACCGCCCCUUCGGUUACCCAUUUCGCUUUCACAGAUGAUCCUUUCGCGCAAGUUGGAGUGCUCUUGGGAAUUCGCCAAAGGUUAGAAGGCCGCUUUGUGGGCAGUUUGUACACUAUCCACAAAACUGCUCAAGUAUCGACAAGGUCUUACUUACUUCCUGGGAAUUGCCAUUACUCUUUUGAUGACUACCUUGACGCCCUCGUUCCCAAUGGAGAUCCUCAUGCAGGCGUCCUUGGCCAAGUAUGCAAAGUCGAUCGCGAGUUGAGUGAGAUGCGAGAGUUAGCUGCACUCGCGCAGAGCGUCCCCAAUGAACGGCUUAGGACACGUCGAACACGACUCAGCUGGACUGCUCUUGGCGCGAUAGCGAGUAGUACAUCCAAUGGGCAUAAAGAUCAUGACGAUAUGGCAGGGCCUUACUCACUAGAAGAAGUGAGAAAGAAAGUCAAGUCUCUGGAGGGUAUGAGGGGAUACGAAGACAACCCAUUCGCUGACGCCGUGAUAUAUCGGUAUCGACCAAGCCUUAAGAACCACACGCCGACUACAGAAGCCAUAGAGGGUUCAAAAAGCCGCCGCAACAGCCCUAACAAGUGUGGCAGCCAAAGAAGGGGCAGCUAACAUACGAUAUGCGUAUUUAAUAAGAUUCUGUAAUAUAUUUAACAAUGUAUCGAUUAAUAUAUGCAGACGCUUACAGUCAAGCAUUAGGAUUAAAACAUUUUCUUGUAUUAUUUCACCAUUGAACGUUGUAUACCCCCUUAUGCGGUAGACCCAUCUAAUGGGCGAGUGGUUUUUAUACGACCUUGAUUGGACAUGAC